AUGCCCCGCAGCAGAGCGCCUGCGGCCAUCAAUGCCAGCCGGCUCACCAAUGGCGACAUGCUGGAGUGGGUGGAGUGGCCUGACGAUCCCCGUCAUGAGCUAGUGUUUGAAAAUGAGCACACCAGAAUUUACAAGGCGCAGUUUGAUGCCGGCCAGCCCUGCGAGACGCUGUUCCAUGCGCACCGCGAGGACACCGUGUAUGCCUGCAUAUCUUCAGAGGGCCCAGGCGGUGUGGUCCUCAACACAGAGGCUGUUCUGAGCGACGACGAGCUGCAGGCGCCCCUCAGCCUGCUGCCGCCGGCGCCGGUCUCUUUCACGCCCGGCCUCUGCUUCUGCCAUCUCAACAAGCGGCGCCACAAGAUCCACAGAAUUCAGACGGCCCCGGAAAACAAGGGCUCGCUCUUGUUCGUGGGCGCGGAGGUGCUGGCGCCGCCACGCGUCGCGUCAGAGGCGCCCCUGGCUCACCCCUGCUACAAGUUGGAGGCGGCGCAGCACCCGAAGGCGCGCGCGUACCGCGUGACCGUGCCCCCUGGCGGCAGCACGGGGCCGGUGGACUGGGGCUUCUGCGGGGUGGUGGUGGCGCUGUCGGGGCGGCCCGCGGCGGCGGCGGCGGUGCUCAGGGGAGGGCCGGUGCUCGCGCCUGGGGAUGCGUUCUGGUUCGAGGGGCCUGUGGUGGCGGCCGAGUUUACCGACGGGCCUGGGGGCGGGAAGGGUCGCCAGGAAGGGGCAGGAGCAGCGGAGCUUCUUGUGUUUGAGUGGCUUUGA